AUGGAGGUUGUCCAGGCUCAAGUUCCUCCCCGCAAGAAUUACGAUAAUCCCACUUGCACUCAGACUAUUUUCAGCCACGUCUUUGCAGACAGCUAUGGUACACCUUACGUCGGCACAUACAGUCCGCCCAAAAACUGUGAUUUUACUACAACUGUCUUUAAUAUCUCUAUAACAUCAUCUGGUCGACAGUAUGAUCGCCUCGCCCUGCUUUUCUUUGGAGAUACCGAGAUAUGGCGAACCUCUACUGCGAUGCCUGGUGGCUACGACAUUUACUGGAACUACCAGAAAGAUAUGACCAUCUUUGAUACUCUGAUUCGGGGUGAGCAGAAGAUAAUCUUUGAUCUUGACAAUGUCUACUUAGGUCUAUACACGGGCACAUUCAACGUCACAUUAGAGGCUCUGUACUUCAAUGAACAUUACACCGACCUUGACCCAGCCCAUCUGGUGUAUCCCAUAUCUGCUUUGGCUUCCUCGCAGAACAUCUCAUCAGUCAUGUCCCUUCCUGACGACAAUGGCACCGUGUCUAUUAACUUUCCUCAAAACGUCAAAAGUGCCGUCGUGUCUAUACUUGCCUCGGGAAACGGCAAUGAGGAGUUCUGGUACACUAAUGUCCCAUCUCAAUACACCAACACUUUCCCUAGUAACGCAGGGUGGCUCUAUGGUUAUAGUCCCUUCCGCGAGAUUGAACUGCUCAUCGAUGAAAAUCUUGCGGGGGUAUCGUGGCCGUUUCCUAUUCUUUUCACAGGUGGUGUUGACCCUGGUCUGUGGAGACCCAUUGCAGGCAUCGAUGCAUACGACCUGCCAUCAUUCGAGAUAGACAUUACUCCUUGGCUCCCAUUGCUCUGUGAUGGCCAUGCCCACACAUUGGGUCUCAAAGUCGUUGGAUAUGACAGCUCUACGAAAAGCCACAUCGGGACAGUCGGAGAUAAUUGGUAUGUUACUGGGUCGGUGUUUGUCUGGCUUGACGAGAAAAUCAUAAAAAGUCAUGUCCCAGAGCCGUCGUUCUCUUUUACCCCUGAACUCACGACGAUGGCGAUAAACGGAACAACCGCAAACUCCUCGCUCUAUUUCUCUCUCUCGGCGAGUCGGAGACUAUCAAUUUCCUCCACCAUCCACACAUCCACAGGCCCGAAAUUGGCGUCAUGGACGCAGGAUUUGUCAUUUUCGAACAUUCAAAAUAUGACCUCGGAGGCUUACAACCAAUCCCUUGCCAUGAUCUCCACUGGAAGCUUCUCCAACUCCUUCUCGCAGGUCACCAACACGUAUCACUACCCUAUGAAUCUUUUUAGCGCCUACGUUAUUGCCCCGUCGCUUGCUUCGCUCUCCUCUGUCUACACUCUGAUUGAUCGGAGCCUCAUCACAUCAGGAGUCAAUACCAUACCUUAUCUCACCGGGAUAUCAAUUGGAAAAGAGACCUUCGGGACGAGACAGAAUGCAUCGAGCAUGUACUACUGGAACGAGACUAUUGUCCAAGGGACCAGCGCUGAUACUGGUAUUACGGAGCAGUGGCUGACGUUCGCCGGGAAGCCAGGAAACUUGGAACGUGGCGUAAGCGAUUUCUCGCGAACGUUGAAAGAAGUCGAUGAUUACAUGCUUGUUGACCAAAAGGGUUGGACGACUUUGGCGAUUCCUGAGACGGAACCGCUCCCAGCCGUUGAAGGUGAGCCAACCGUCUGA